UAUCAUAUGGCAGAAACACGGGCUUACACGUCAAUUAAAAUGAUCGGGAUCUAAAAUCAUUUUAUUCUGAACACAGCAUAACAAUCAUGGCGGAUGAAAUAAAGCGUAAAGAUGCUCAGAUGAGAGCGACCAUUAACCAGAAGUUAGUAGAGACAGGAGAACGUGAUCGAUUAAAAGAAUUGCUGAGAACCAGACUGAUAGAAUGUGGCUGGCGAGAUCAACUUAAACAACACUGUAAAGAGGUUGUUAAACAGAAAGGGUUGGAACAUAUAACAGUGGAUGAUCUGGUUGCAGAAAUUACUCCAAAAGGAAGAGCUUUGGUCCCAGAUAAUGUUAAAAAGGAAUUGUUACAGAGAAUCAGGACAUUUUUAGCUCAGUCUGACAUUUGACCCUGAGUUCUGCAAUUUAAUGCACAAUGAUGAACUGCCGUCCUUUGGAUGAGACAUUGUCAAUGAUAGACAGUGAUGUCACAAUCACAUGACACAGAUUUCUAGUAGUUUAUAGCAAUAUGCUGGGUGUUCAUAGUAUUGCAAUUUCCAAUCUAUUGUAUCUAUUAUAUUAUUUCUUUUUCUAUCUUAUGCAUUUUACCAGAAAAUGUUCAUAUCAAAAAAAAAGAAGGAAAAAAAAUGCAAUCAUGUCAUAAUCUGAAUAUCACUUAUCAAAGUAAAUAAAUAAAUUGAUUGUUUCAAAGUCAAAAUAGCAUGAGCAAUAAUUUUAUUUUUAAAAAUAAAACAUCAUACAAUUGUAUAUUACCAACCUGUAAUUCGUAUGAAUUUCAAAAUUAUUUGUAUUGUAUGCAUAUUACCUCAAACACAUGUAUUUAAACAGAAAAAUUCAGUAUUAUUAAAAAUUAUAAUUCUGUCAUAA